CUCUCUCUUCUAAACUUGUAAAAACCAUUACAUAAACAAAGGCAAUCGUGUCUCUUUCUCUCUCUCUCUCUCUCUGCAUAAUCCAAUUCGCGAAGAUCAAGAAGAGUUUCGAGUUAUAAGCCGUUGAUACAUACCUUUUUAAUGGAAGAACAGUUCAUACUUAGGGUUCCACCGUCUGUUUCGGAGCGAAUUGAUAGGCUUUUGAGCGAGGAGGCUUCUACUUCCGACGAGAUCCCUUUGGAUUUGUGUUUCUCAGAGGAUGGGAGAAGCGGGACGUUUAUGAUUGGAAACGAAGAGUUCCCUGCUUCUUUGCUUGAUCUUCCUGCUGUUGUUGAGUCUUUUAAAACUUAUGAUGAUUGUGCAUUAGUCAAAACUGCUGAUAUUGGUCAGAUGAUCAUGGUUAGGGAGCCGGGUGAUCCCGCACCUAAUACAGUUGAAUACAGACAUGGUUUAACUCCUCCAAUGAAAGAUGCUCGAAAGAGAAGAUUUCGUCGAGAGCCUGACCUUAAUCCGGAGCUUGUACAGCGGGUUGAGAGAGACUUGUUGAAUAUCUUGAGUGGCGGAACCAUAGAAAAUGUAAAUGAGCAAGAAGAAGCAGCUGCGAACGAGAAUGCUCCUAAUGAAACUAAUAAAGUAUCUUCUUCACCUACACCUGUUGAAAAGCCUGAAGCUCCUGAGACAGGCACUAGUAGUAACCCAGCAGAAGCUGAGCCGGAGAGAAGUGAAUCAGAAGAUUCUGAUGAUUCAAUGUGAAUUCAUUAUGUAUAUAAUCACACUUGAUGAAUACUAGAAAAAUCUACAAGGUUUAAGAAAGAUGCAUGUCACAGAAACAUGUCCCCUUACAGUUCAUUUCUUUUUUAUAAAAGUGCCAUUGUACCAAAACGAAAGAUGAUGAAUGAGUUGUUUGGAUACU